GUGAAGCAUGGAAUCGAUGCGAGGAAGCGUCGUUCGAGGGAGGCUUCGUUGGCUUUGGAGUCAAAUUUAGGAGAAUCAGGAGAAAUACAUGAUACUGGAGGUGCAAGAAGUGCUACUGGUGAACCCACCAAUGCAACUGGAGGUACAACAAAAAGCACAGCAGCAGAUCCAUCCUCCUCCAUAGUGGCUGCGGCUUCAUCAUCUUCUUCUUCCUCGACCGCAAAUGGUGGCAUCCCUUUACCUUCUCCUGUUCCUCCUGUUGUAUCGCCAAUUAUGUCGGGUUUGAGCAAAAUAUUACUAGAGGAUGAAGACGAAGGUUUUCGUUUUGUCUGCCAGGACUGUGGCAGGCAAUACCAAAGUCGCUCUACCUACCAGGCUCACAGAAAAAAGGAACACGGGGUGUGGCUAGGAAAAUACUCUUGCAGUCUUUGUCCCGCAGCAUUCAAACAUCGCGGCUCACUUCAGCGUCAUCUCAUACUGCACGAGCAAGGGAAAGUAGACGAGAACGGACUGGGAGUAGUACAGAGAAACAAAGUGAAUGCUUCUUCUUUAACUGCUUCUUCCUCUUCAGUAAAGAGGACAUCUUCAACAGUUGAAAAUAGCAUCAUCAUGAAGAAAAACCUCAAGUCCAAAGCUGCUGCAACAACAAUCACUGGACAAGAACAGGAUCUUCAACAUCAAAAUCAGGAUCACCCACUCGUCUCCGCUGAACAACUCCCUAGAAAGCGAAAAAACCCAGAGCUGGAUCAUUCGUCGCUUUCUCUAGAGGAAUUCUUCAGUGAUUUCAGCGGACAUGAAUGGCUUCCUGAACCAGAUGAACAUCCUCAGAAGACUUCCUCUCAGGACGUUUUUUUGCUUAAUGAACCAGAUAAGAGGACUUCUCGCGAACAUAGUACUAGAGGAGCGUCGGUAAGUCGCGGAGCCGCCAGUUCGACGCGAGCAGAGAGCAAAGAACGUGGUAGAAGCACUAGUAGGGACAACCUCGAUGAUGUAGAUCUCGAUGUUGACAUGCUGAUGUCUGACGGGGAUGUUGCGGGAGAAGAUACAGACCACCUGCACCUAGAUGAACAACUACACCAGGAAAUUCUAUCGGAACAGGAAGAAGAAAUGAAAAUAAGAGGGGAGGAGGAGGACGAAGAUGCUGACAUUAUAGCUGAAGACGACAUAGUACCUGAAGAUGAUGACCUAGUACCUGAAGACGCUGACAACCUAGAUCUCUUUGCUGCGCCACAAAUAGUCAAAAAGAAGACGGGACCAGCACCGAAGAAGCAGGCUGACCAAGCGAGAGAUCAGAAACGACAGAAAAUCGCAAGUCUGCCAGAUCUCUUUGCAGAAUCAGCAGGGAUUUGGGGAUAGAUUUGUGACACGUCUAGACUUGUGAUUUCGUCGCGACUGAUCGUGAUUUCAUGUUCUUCUAAUGGUUCAAUUUUCCAAAUACAUGAAUUCUACUUCCCUUCCACACAGCACCAACUGACCCCAUUUCCAUUCGAUCACUUCGAACCGAGUUUAUCGUUCUUUCAAUAUGUUCUCCUCCUGACGCCACAGGAUCAUUAUCGAC